AUGAUAUUUGCUGCUGUGAUUUGGACAAUAUGGACCGAAAGAAACAAGGUGAUUUUUGAUGAUGCUGAAGUAGAGUGGAGUAAUGUGUUGUACUUAGUAUUCAUCAGAUAUGGACUAUGGCUUAAAGCAAUUAACAUUUCAAUUCCUUACAGUGGUCCAGAAUUAAUGGCAGCAAGUGAUGGGGUGAAAUUCAAGAUUCUCCUUAAUAAAGCUCCAAGGCCGGUGUCCAUUUGGGUUGCUCCCCCUACUAGCCACUUGAAAUGGAAUACUGAUGGUUCCUCUAGGCUGGAUAAGGUAGGAAUUGGUGGGGUCUUAAGAGAUAGUAGUGGGAAUUUCUUGUGUAUCUUCUCAGGCCCAGUAGGAAAUCUUGAUGCAACUUCAGCUGAGAUGGAGGCCAUUAGGAAAGCCCUUGAGAUCUCAGUAGCUCAUGGCUCAAGUAAUGGGGUGGAACUCAUUGUGGAAUCUGAUUCUCACAAUUCUGUCUCCUGGCUCAAGAAGGGUUCCUCCAAUCCAUGGUCUAUGGAUCAGGAUUGUAAUGCGAUCACUAAUCUCACUAAGGUCUUUGCUGCAGUGAAUUUUGUCCAUAUUUGGAGAGAGGCAAAUGGUGUGGCAGAUUUCUUAGCCAAGAAAGGGGUUGAUAGACAAGAUUUGAUGGUGUCAUGGCUUGUCUAA